AAGUCUGAACCGUGAAGGGCAAAAAGACAGAAGAAGAAAUGAUGAUGAUCGGAGAAACCACUCGUUCCAAUCCAACGGUUCUGGUCCCUCCGUGGGACCACCUCAUGGAUGAUCCAAUGGCCAGUAUCAACUCGGCCUACUCCGUUACGCCUAACGGCAAUGCCAUCAGUCCCGGAGGUGAGACAAACAACUACUGUCCCUUCGACGCCUUUACGGCUCUCCAACGUUACUUGCCGUCAAACAUGAACAACAGCAACGGCGUUGUUGGCGCUGAGUCUGAAUUCGGGAGUGAUGACUUGGAUGUUCCGGUGGACGCGUUCUCAUGCGAUAACUUCCGGAUGUUCGAGUUCAAGGUUCGAAAGUGUCCACGUGGUAGGUCACAUGACUGGACGGAGUGUCCUUACGCUCAUCCCGGCGAGAAGGCUCGCCGGAGGGACCCACGUAAGUAUCACUAUUCCGGCACUGCAUGUCCAGAGUUUCGAAAGGGUCAGUGUAAGAAGGGUGAGUCGUGUGAGUUCGCACACGGCGUGUUCGAGUGCUGGCUACACCCGGCUCGCUAUCGUACGCAGCCUUGCAAGGAUGGAACCCACUGUCGCCGCCGAGUCUGUUUCUUCGCUCACACGCCAGACCAGCUCCGUGUUCUGCCUCAGACUAGUCAAAAGAACUAUGCUGAAUCUUAUGAUGGGUCUCCAAGACGACUCGGUAUUGACUCGUACGAUGGCUCGCCGAGUCGAAUAGACUCGUUUUUUUGCAAUGGAUCGUUUGGGUCGUCUUCGGUUUCGACUCUGUACUCUCCACCUGUUUCUCCGCCGUCGGAUUCGCCGCCAAUGUCUCCUUGUGCUGGUUCCCUGGGAAUGAACUCGGUGGGUGGACUCACUGAGUCAAUGCGUAGUCUGCAGAUUGGGAAGGUGAGGAUGAGUCCAACUUCUUGGGGCAUCCAAAGGGGUUCUGGGAUCUGUUCGCCCCGUAGUCCUUCCACGCUCCGACCGGGAUUCCUGAGUCUACCCUCCACACCAACUCUACCACCAACUCACUCUGGAAUCGGUGUGUUUGAUCUUUGGGAUAAAACAUGUCAAGAAGAGCCUGUAAUGGAGAGGGUGGAGUCUGGGAAGGACCUCCGCGCGAAGAUAUAUGCAAAACUCAGCAAGGACAACGCACUGGACCGAGUUGACUCGGCAGGUCCUGGUCCUGAUGUAGGGUGGGUCUCAGAACUCGUGAAAUGAUUAUCCGGGACCGGGAUCCAUGUUCCUCAGCUUUGUUUCAAUUUUUUUGUGACGACUGGUAAAUUGGGUCGGUGGCGUUUGAUUUUUCCUCCGACUUUGUUAAUAUUUUUACUAAAGAUUUACCAUGUAUAUUAUAUAUUAUAUAGUAGAUCGGAUGGCAGAGAUUAAGCAUUAAUCUCUAUUUUGUGGUGUUUUUUUUUUCUAAUUAUCAUUUUGAAGAUGGAGGAGGAGGAGGAGGAGGAGGAGGAGACGAAAGUUGGAAAUUGUGUUGAUAGACCAGAUGGAUUUGUCACGGAGCUCUGCUGAUGAAUGGGGUGGGUAGCAUUUGGAAUUUUCUGAAUUGUAUUUCAUCUUUUUUUAUUUUUCAAGCUUAAUUUUCUCUGUCAAAGUAUAUAUGAUCUCUUCUGUGUAAUUUUCUACUUUUGUUGAUGAAUGUAAUUAUGUUCAUAUUUUAUCUUUUGUUCUCUUUUAUCAGAUUCUUUAAUAAUUCAUAGCACAUAAUGGGAAAGACGGAAUGAUAGAAGUCCACCUAAAUGAUUAUCAGAUUUUGAUUUAGUGUUUCAACGGAUGGAAAUAGAAAAAAACCCAGAACGAAAUAGAAAAGAUACGUAACACAGUAUACAUGAGGAUAUAAAUCUUAACAUUCACAAGCAUGUUGUUGGUUAUGAUAUUGUAAAUCUGGGAAGGGUGUUCAUGUGUGUGUAUGGACUGAGUUUUCAAAUCAAGAUGGGGAAGAAGAGGUUUAUGUAAGGGGGGUAGAAGGAUAAGUCUAUUUAAGGAUUGUUGAGAUCCAUGGUAGAUCACAAUCAAAAUUCAACUGGGAAAAUUCUUCCCAGUCUAAUUUAGGUAAGGGUGUGACUAUUUGAGGAUUA